CAAAAUACCUUGUUGGCCACCAACCUCAAUAACAAAACCCUUCCCGAUAACUUUCAAGAUUUCAAACUCAACUUCCAUCAAGCACUUUGAUAUACAAUAUCAAGCAAUCUUUCAAGAGAUUCAAUAUCAUAUCAUAUCAAGAAUCCAAAAGUAGAACAUCAUGGAAGACGAAAUGUUUCAUUUUGAGGAAGACGACGACGAAUAUCAAACCUCCGACGAUGAAUACAGCGACGAGUUCGAAAGUCAACCAUGGGAUCGAAGCAACAGGAGAAACAGAAUUGCGAAAUCGGAAGAACAGGCUUUGAGAGAUAUUCCUGCAGAUGUCUUUUUGAGGUAAUGUAGGAUCUUAUUACUUAUCUAGGUACCGAGAGGUUGUUAUAGGUUCUUAUGUGCAUUACAUGCGUUUUUUGUAAUAUGUACGAGAUGGUUAGAGAUAGGAUUAACUAACUUUGAGGUCCUAGCACGAUCGAUCUUUCAAGUGGUCCUACUGUUAAGAUUUUUCUCGGUGCUGCUGGGGAUGGCUUGAAACUACAAGAACAGCAGCAGCAACAGCAAGCGCUCAUUCUACCUAAAACCCUGCUUUGUACACAUUCAGCAUUUUUCAAUCAGGCUUUUAAUGGUAAUGGUAACGGUAAUGAGGAUAUGAAAGAAAGUCUCUCCUUACCUCAAGAACUACACCUUCCAGGCACAUCACUCACAGUCUUCCAACUAAUCAUCCAAUUCCUCUCCACUAACACCUUCACAUUCCCACUUACCAUCACAUCUCCCUCCGAAAAACAAACCCUAUAUCUCCACUUCUUCACCCUCUAUCAAACCCUCCACAUCCGCACCCCACCCCUCACACCCAUCCUCACCCAUUUCAAAACGCACCUUCGACACUCCUCUAUCCAAGGCAAAUUCCCCUCACGCACAGACAUACAGAAAGCACUUCAACUCCCACGCUCCCACGAAGCUCGCAAACUAUGUAUAGCCGCCUGUGUAAAACCCUACGCGUAUUCCAUCACAAAGUCAAGUACGUGUUAUGGACGCGCGCUGUUUCAUUUAGAGGGAUUGAUGGAGGAAUCGGAUGAGUUUGCUGCGGAGCUUGUGAGGGGGUAUACGAAGGCUGUUAGGGGGGCUUUGGGCGCUCAUACUAUUGUGGAUCCGUUGACUGCGGCGCCGUAUGUGAUUUCGACGGGGGUGGAGUGUUUGAGGGAGGGUGGGGAGACUAGGGGGAGGAGGUGUGCUAGUCAUUUGGAGGGGUUGUGA